AUAACUUAUUUUGGUGCUAAAAAAACCUUGCUAAAUGGCAAUAAUAAGAACCUAACAGAAAAAAAGAGCACAAAAUAUUAACAAACUUUAUUUAAAACGCGUUACUUCUUCUAAUAAAUAGUUCUCUUGCUAUCUUAACAAUUUUUCAUCACCCAAAAUAAUAAUUAAAAAAAAAAAAUCACCCUCUCUUAAACUCCUACCCAAACAAACAUGGCUAGUAAAUUUGUAUCUUUGCUCAUUUUCUCUUUUUUACUAGCCAUGGUACCAAAAACAUGUUUGGGUAAGAAAUCCGGCCUUGCAACGUUUAAUGCCAUUGAUGUUUGUUGGCGACGAAACCCUAAUUGGGUUAAUAGUAGGGAAGAUAUUGCAAAAUGCUCGGCGGGUUUUGCAGGUAAAAUGAUUAAUAACAUUGGCAAAGAUGUGAACAAAUAUGUAGUCACUGAUCCUAGUGAUAAUGCAAUGAGCCCGAAAGCGGGAACUCUUCGGUAUGGAAUGACUAUGGUACCGGGGAAAGUAUGGAUCUCAUUUCAAAAAGACAUGGAGAUUAAACUUGAAAGGACUCUUGUUGUUGGUAGUUAUACAACCAUUGAUGGUAGAGGUGCUAUCGUUCAUAUCACUAAUGGAUGCCUCUUGCUAUACAAGGUUACUAAUGUGAUCAUCCACGGGUUGCGAAUUCACCAUUGUCGAUCCCAACCAGCAAGCUCGGUUAUGGGACCUGGUGCAAAGUUGUUGCCAAUGAGCAAAAUGGACGGCGAUGCCAUAAGAAUGCUUGGCUCAACAAAGGUGUGGAUAGACCACAAUACCCUCUACAGGAGCGAAGAUGGCCUCAUCGAUGUAACCCUUGGGUCAACCAACAUUACCAUCUCCAACAACUGGUUUCGCGACCACAACAAGGUCAUGCUACUAGGCCAUGAUGAUGAUUUCAAGGACGACAAGAACAUGAAGGUCACGGUUGUCUACAACCGAUUUGGCCCCAACUGCCACCAGCGUAUGCCAAGAGUUCGUCAUGGUUAUGCUCAUGUAGCUAACAACUUAUAUCUAGGAUGGGAAGUUUAUGCCAUAGGAGGAAGCAUGAGCCCAAGCAUAAAGAGCGAAUCUAACCUCUUUGUCGCUCCUAAUUCUGGAUCGAAACAAGUAAAUUCUUUUGCUCCAUUAGAGUGGCUUAUCUUAGACAUACAUAAAUCAAGUAAUGCUGGAAAAGGGAUAUGGAACUUUAAAUCAGUGGGAGAUGUCUUAGAAAAUGGAGCUUCUUUCAACGAAACCGGUUCGGGUUUUGUAAAACCAAACUACAACAAUGAAGAAAGAUUUCCCGUCGAAAGUGGUAGGAUUGUAAGGCAACUUACAAGAUCAGCUGGGGCUCUACGUUGCCAAGGAGGAUCAAUCUGCUAAAUAGAUUCAUUUGAUUAUGUAAUUUUUGUUAUAUGAUCAUGAAGAUCAUUUAAGUUUCACUGCAAAAUCAUGUGAAUCAUUCAUAUGAGGGAGUUUAUUAAAUCAAUGUAUGUUAACAUGGUCCCUUCCAAAAAAAAAAAAAAAAAUGUAUGUUAACAUGGGUGUUCAAUACAUGUAUGAGAUAUCAAAUAUUAAUUCGAUCAAUAAAAUUUUGAUCCCAUAAUAUUUUCCACUGUAAAGGAAGGCAUUUGAGUUUGUCUCUAAUUAAGAAUAACACAAACCGGUGGGUAGUAGAAGGGCCGGAUCCACAAACGCGUCAAAGGCCUUUGCGCGAGCUAGGCUAACAAAAAUUUGUGGUUACUUGAGCCUUCCCUAGUUCCCUGGAGUCCUCUAACAAAGCUUAGUAGAAGGUCGGACAUUACAAAAUGAGUGAAACUGUGAGAGACUGAAAGACCUUGUACGCCGAAUUACUACAAAAUCAUGUGAAUC